CAGUUUGUCGCAGUCUACAACUUAAUAGUCUUUAGGUGUUGGUAAAAGGGAAAGUGGGAUGGUAAAGGAAUCAUCAAAUCAAUCAUGAUAUGAUUGGAAGUUAUUAGUUUUAUCAAACGUAUUUAAUUGGCUACAUCCUUUAUAAGCUACAGCAUUUUGCAGGUGCCAACCUAUGAAAAAGGUGUCUUGUUUUACUUCAAUCAUUGACUUGAAGCUUCCUUACAAAAUCUAUAAAACAUCAUAAAUUCUCAUAUUUAUCGGAGCAUGACAUAAUACUAGAUGUAUAAGGAUAUAUUCGAUGAAUUUUCAACUUGAAUGGAGAAUCCCAAGCAGACUCUGAAUCAUUUGAAAUCGAUAGAGAAGCAAGCUGAGGACAUACUAAGAGACAAAAGCGAAAUUGUGGCAUUGGAUCGUCGUAGGAACGGAAACAGGGAGGGUCUGAGAGCUCUGAAGAAACAAACUCAAUCAGAUAAAACCUGGUUCGCCAUUGGCCCCAUACUAGUCAAAGUACCUGUUCAAACUGCAAACAAGUGGCUUGAGAAAGAUCAAGUGACUGUGAGUGCUGAAAUAAACAAGAUCAGAAGCGAUAUGAAGGUGAAGGUGAAUAACUUGCGUGAUUUGGAGUUCCAAGAUCCCGUUCCCGGAAUGAAUUUGAAGCCGCUCUCCCGAGAAGAAAUGAAUGCUGUCAAUCAGGUGAUGGGUGGACAUGCCUAGGAAUCUGUAAAGUUUUACAAUAAUCUUUUCUGAACUCAAAAUAUCAUUAUCAAGAACUGGAGAUUAGUGUUAAGUCUAGUUGAUUGGUGACAGUAAAGAGUGUUCAAUUGAUUAGUGUAUUGGAUUUAAGAGAUAUUUUACUUGAUCUUGAUAGUUAUUAACUUGGUAGUAAUCUUUGUAAAGUGUUAAAAAUGGCUAGACCUCUACCAAGCCAGCAAAAGCUGGCUGAAAAGCUGUGUAUAAUCAAUGAUAGAGGGAUCGGUAUGCUUACCAGGAUUUAUAAUAUCAAAAAAGCAUGCGGAGAUGCCAAGUCAAAGCCAGCCUUCUUAUCUGACAAAACUCUGGAAUCCUCGAUCAAAUACAUUGUGAAGAAAUUUCCUCACAUUGAUUUGAAGCAGCUUCAAGGCAUUAACCAUCUUCGCAGUGAAAUUAUCAAGUCACUCUCACUGUAUUACUAUACUUUUGUGGAUUUAUUAGAUUUUCGUGACAACGUAUCUGAGCUUCUGACAACUAUUGAUGCUUGUAAAGUUCAUCUCGAUAUUACACUGAACUUCGAGUUGACAAAAGCGUAUCUGGAUUUGGUGGUGACGUAUGCGACCCUCAUGAUUCUGUUGUCCAGAGUAGAGGACAGAAAGGCAGUGCUGGGUUUGUUCAAUGCUGCCCAUGAGAUGGUGCAUAACCAAGGAGACGCCAGUUUCCCAAGGUUGGGUCAGAUGAUCACCGAAUAUGAGCAUCCAAUCAAGAAGCUAUACGAAGAGUUCUAUCCCCAUGCUGACCUCCUGCACAAUGCACUUCUGUCUCUAUGGCCUGUGUACGUGUCUCGCAACUUGACGGCCGACAAGUGGAGGUCUGAUCAGAAAUUGAGUUUGGUUGGCAACCCUAGUCAGCUGUUGAAACCUUCUCAGACAGACACCAUGUCCUGCGAAUACCUAUCGUUGGAAUCGCUUGAAAGGUGGAUCAUUUUCGGUUUCAUGUUGUGCCACCAUAAACUGAACAAAGAGCAGUCCAACAAGCUUUGGCUGAUGGCGCUGGAAAACAGCUGGGUCAUCACCCUCUUCCGUGAUGAGGUUAUCUUCAUUCAUGCUUACAUUCAAAACCUUUUCGAUGGUAUCAAAGGUUAUGGAAAACGUGUAUCUGAAGUCAAAGAUUGCUACAAUCAAGCUAUACAGAAAGCAACCUACAAGCAUCGGGAAAGGAGGAAGUUCCUAAGAACAGCGUUGAAAGAGCUCUGCUUGAUCUUCACUGAUCAACCAGGACUUCUUGGGCCUAAAGCGCUUUUGAUAUUCAUUGGUCUAUGUUUUGCCAAAGAUGAAGUCUACUGGCUGUUGAGGCAUAAUGAUAAUCCUCCCCAACAGAAGAGCAAAGGAAAAACAGCCGAGGAUCUAGUUGACAGGCAGUUACCUGAACUGUUGUUUCACAUGGAGGAGUUGAGAGUUCUUGUAAGGAAAUACUCCCAAGUAAUCCAGAGAUACUUUGUGCAAUAUUUGUCUGGCUUUGAUGCAAUCGCUUUGAACAAAAUGAUGCCCAACUUGGCUGUUUGUCCGGAAGAUGAGAAUAUAAUUCUAUCAUCAAUCUACAAAAGCGUAUCCAAUCUAUCUGUCAAGCAAGUAGAAGAAAAUGAAAUGUUUGAUUUUCAAGCUCUAAGGUUGGACUGGUUUCGCUUGCAGGCCUACACAUCAGUCAGCAAAUCCCCAAUAGCACUUGCAAACAACAAAGAUUUGGCUUCACUUCUAGACACUAUCGUUUUCCAUACAAAAAUGGUCGACUAUCUUGAUGAAAUUGUUAUUGAGACAUCAGAUCUCUCGAUUUUUUGUUUCUACAGCAAAAUAUUUGAGGAUCAAUUCCAUAUGUGUCUGGAGUUCCCUGCUCAGAACAGAUAUAUCAUCGCGUUUCCAUUGAUCUGCAAUCAUUUUCAGAGUUGCACUCAUGAAUUAUGUCCUGAAGAGAGACAUCAUAUAAGAGAACGUAGCCUGUCAGUGGUGAAUAUGUUUUUGGACGAAAUGGCAAAAGAAGCUAAAAAUAUUAUUACUACAAUUUGUGACGAACAGUGCACCAUGAGUGACAAGCUCCUACCAAAACAUUGUGCGAUGCUGAUUUCUCAGGUGGUCAACCGCAAAAGAAAAGACAAGAAUAAUAAAAAGAUCAUACCGGAAAUCACCAAGCCAGGUGCUGAAAGUUAUCGCAAAGUGAGAGAAGAUCUGACUACCAUGGACAAGCUGCAUAUGGCAUUGACCGAACUGUGUUUCGCUCUCAAUUAUUGUUCAACUAUCAAUGUUUGGGAGUACACUUUCGCCCCGCGAGAGUAUCUUCACCAGCAUCUGGAGAAUAGAUUUGCGCGGGCUCUUGUGGGGAUGGUCAUGUUUAAUCCGGAUACUAGUGAAAUAGCUAAACCUUCAGAGCUGUUGGCCAGUGUUAGAGCUUACAUGAAUGUACUACAAACUGUUGAGAACUACGUGCACAUUGACAUUACAAGAGUGUUCAACAAUGCGCUGCUGCAACAGACACAACAAAUAGACAGUCAUGGCGAUAAGACGGUUGCUGCUCUGUACACUCAGUGGUAUUCUGAAGUACUGUUGCAAAGGGUGAGUGCAGGCAACAUUUGUUUUUCGCUGAAUCAACGCGCAUUUGUAAGUUUGACUGCCGAGGGCGCCAUUCCAUUCAACGCUGAAGAGUUCUCAGAUAUAAACGAGCUGCGUGCUCUGGCUGAACUUAUAGGGCCUUACGGCAUGAAGCUGCUGAACGAAACACUGAUGUGGCACAUCGCCAGUCAAGUACAAGAGUUGAAGAAGUUGGUUGCUGGAAACAAAGAGGUGUUGAUUGCUCUGAGGACAAAUUUUGAUAAACCAGAAAUAAUGAAGGAGCUGUUUAAGAAGCUGCAGCAUGUUGAUAACGUUCUGCAGAGGAUGACAAUAGUGGGAGUGAUAUUGAGUUUUCGGCAGUUGGCACAGAGUGCGCUAGUGGACGUGUUGGAGCAGCGAAUUCCGUUUCUGUUGAGUUCGAUUCUGGAUUUCCGCCACCACGCGCCGGCCGGGGAUGUGAUGGCUGUCAGCGAGAUGGCCUCCGGAGCCGGCCUUCUCUGCAAGGUGGACCCCACCCUAGCCGCCGCGCUCAGGAACCACAAGAGUGACACUGACGAGGACGAGCACCUGUUGGCCUGCCUGCUCAUGGUCUUCGUGGCCGUCUCCAUUCCCAAGCUGGCCAGAAACGACAACUCGUUCUACCGAGCGUCACUCGAAGGACAUUCCAACAACAUCCACUGCAUGGCCACGGCUAUCAACAACAUUUUCGGUGCUUUGUUCACCAUCUGCUCGCAGGGUGACAUCGAGGAUCGAAUGAAGGAAUUUCUCGCUUUGGCGUCUUCUAGUUUGUUGAGGCUGGGUCAAGAAGCCGACAGAGAAAUCAUUAAGAACCGUGAAUCCGUUUACCUACUUCUAGAUCAGAUUGUUCAAGAAUCUCCUUUCCUGACAAUGGAUUUGUUGGAGUCCUGUUUCCCCUACGCUCUCAUUCGUAAUGCUUAUCAUGCUGUCUACAAACAAGAGCACUCUCAAACCUAAACUCUUUCAAUCUAUGUGUAAAAGUCAAAUUGUUUUCCAAUCUCAUACUAUAAAAAACCAAUAUUUACUUUUGAAUAUUGUACCAGAAUUAGGAUAAAGAGUGUCUCUGUAUUGUCCCUUGCUAUAUUUUAUUGAUUCCAUUAAUAAAGAAAUAAGUUAUAAAUAAUUUUUGAAUAGUAGCGCUCAUCGAAUUUCCAUCUAGCUGUUUACCCUGUUGUCAAUAUUUGCAGUGGUAGAAGUCUUCGGGGUGAUUUACAGCAUUCAAUUUGGAUUUUCGUUUAGUAAUAAUUAUUAAGAAAUAAGAUUGUCAAUAAUCCAAACGUUCAUGUACCUGCUUCAAAAGUAGAGGAUCGGCUCUGAUCUCAAUAUCAAUAAAGAUACUGAAUUGAUGAAGAAUUUGUAAUUUAGAAUGUAUUGAUAUUUUCUCAUCAAUUUUGUUUUUUUUUCCGUUGGGUGAAAAAAAGUUUAGAAAUUCAUUUUCAUACAGUGUGAAACUGGUUUUCUAUUUUAGUUCUAAUUGUAUAACACAUAUAUUGUUUUAUACAUAUUUAUAUAUUUAUUUAUCAUUUACAAUCAACUUGAGGACAAAAGAAACAGACUACAGUCCAAAACUUCUUUUCAUCCCAAUUUCAUAAAAUAAAUAUUGUCCAAAUGAAGGUUAUGUGCGACUUUCCAAUUCUUCACUAAUUUCCACAUUGAAAUAAAACACAAACACUUCAAACAAUUAAUUUUUAAUUUAGAAAGAUUAAUAUUAUACGGAGUUAUAAUAAUUGUCAAGUCAUAUAGUUUGUUGGAAUGUCUCUUCCCACCUAUGACAUCUACACUACUCUACUCGAUUGAUUUUUUAUAAUUACUUAUAACUUCUUUCUCCAUGAAAAAAAGAAUUACUUAUGUAUCCAAAUCGUGUCAUUCUAUGUAGAUUAAGUUUUUGAAUACUGUAGUGUUCUUAUAAAUUUUAUAAUCAUUGUUUUCCUAUAUAUUGUAGCUCUUAUAAUUAUUUAUAUCGCUUCGAAGCCAAAUACUUGUAAGUUUUCGCUAUUACAAUGCAAAUUUAUCCUAAUGUAUGCUGUGUAUUCGCUAAUUAUUUAUUGAAUUGUAUGUGGAAAUCGUUGUAAUUGAUGUAUUCAUCAAAUAAUUUGAGAAUUCCUUACAUCAGAUGCUUGAAUUUGAACUCAAAGAUUGAUGUGCAUGAUCAACUGCUUGCCGUCUACAUAAUUCAAUAUUGUUUCAAUAAUAAACAAACAGGAUGUGAGAUAGAUAGACUCUGUCACAAUAGCGGUUUAUCAUUCAUAAGUAUUCUAUUGCAUCUAUGUAUUCUAUAGAAUGUUGUGUAUUCUUGCAAUGUUUCUAUUGACGUCUACAUAAUUCAAUAUUAUAUUAAUAAUUAUAUACAUGCUAGAUUUGAGAAUGGACUCUUUUCACAACGGAGGUACAUCUUUCAAACUUAUUUUAUUUUUAAUCUAAAAGUAUACUACCUAAAUAAAGUUCAAAUGUAAUUUUUACAAAGUUUGCCAAAUCAGAUUGAUUACUGUAUGUGUAUUAUGAUUAAAUAUAGACUAGAUUAUCUUUUAAUUCUAUUAUUAAUGUGUAAAUCAUUAUUUAAUUUUGAUCAAUAAAAGUUUCUCUAUGAAUGUAACUUA